AUGCGCUGUUUGUGGCAGAAUGGUUUGCAGUACGGCAAUUUUGUUCGUGAUUUGAGCGAGAUCAGUACUGUUCUGAAAGUCGGCGACGUUUCGAAUAUGAUCGGAGAGAUAAUGCCGUACGUCGUUCGUCUCCCUGACAUUUUGGGUCGUUUUCCACCAGUAUGUCAGCUGAGGUCGAGCCUCGACGUAGCUGACCUGAUGGGGAAGUUGUACAACGUGGCCAUCGACAGUGGCGAUCAGUUGCUCAAGGCAACCAGAAGAAAGUUGAUUAGCGUUUUGAUGGAACUCCGGAACAAGUUGUGCAUUCAUAGCUGGUGUCGCAUCGCCAUGCAGUUUCUGCUGCUCUUGCCAUUACCGGACGAUGACGUGGUCGUUGACGCUGUGCCACAGUGUCGCAGUGUGGUGCAGUUUGUAGGACUUCAUCACGACGACUUCGAAAAUGCCUUAUUGUUGUUGAUCUGCCGCCGCCGGCUAUCGAAGGCCAAGACUGACGUGGCACCAGAGGAUGACAUCCUCCGUGCGGUCACACCUUAUCUGAAACUGCUGCCAUCUGAAACGACAUGGAUAGCCUCAGUCCACAACGUGUUUUUGCUGAAUCCACUGUCACAUCUACUCGUCGUGUGCAACGCGGAGCGAAGUUUCAUUCGUGCCCUAGACAACAUAAAGACCUUGGUGUCCAGCGAUGACCAGCAGCGUGCUGUACAAACGGCUCUGUCCCACGCACUGGCACCCUAUGCGUGUUUCUGGGAUGGCUCAGAUCAGGAAAUUGUUGAUUGCAUUGCUGAACAUCUACUGACAGGGACGUUCGAAACCUUCGACGCCCAUUUCGGCUUCUUCCUCGUUUCUGUCUCAGCCAUCGCUAACAUACUCCAUCGUUUGAAGCCGGACUUCCUCUCAGAAACCGAAUUUGUGCUAUCGGAUUUAAUCGUUAACCGUCUCUUCGAAUCCGACUGCUUUACAAGUGUAGAGUUGCUAAUACGUCUUGUGGUUGGGGUGCGGUCAAAGAUCGGCUCUGCACUACACAUCUUUGCUAGCUUUCUCCUUCUCCGGCAGUUAAUGAGGUUGAGUCCUCGAGGUCAAUUUCGUCAACUUGAAGAAAACAAAAAUUUUAUCGCGAUUUGUUCCCAUUUCCUCUCUCUGAACAACGCUGCUACUGCAAGGCAGUUCGAACCGUUCUUGAAGCGUUUUCUGAAGAUGGCACAUAACGGAAGUUGGGAUCCUGAGAUAACAAUGUUCUGUCCUGAAAUGUGGGUUCUCAAGGGAAUUUUCACUACUCUGUGGUUGUGCUAUCAUCCUGCUGAUGUUGUUGUCUUUGAAGCUGCGAUUCCGUGUAUAAGAGAUUCCGUUAACACUGCUCUCACUUGCCUCUCAUUCUUAGCUUUUAGACUAGAGAGGCUUAACUCGUAG